GCCCUCCUGAGUGUGCUGACCUCAAACAACACCCGGAAUGCAGCUCCCACCCUCAUAAUCAGCCCUCCACUAUCUGCAUCAGCCCUCGAAUGCCUUCGAAUCCGCCCUGUCUUUCACUCCAGAAUCUGCAUCGAGGCCACCGACGACGCCGCCGCUGCCUUUUCUUCGACAUGGAAGUCCUCUCUAUAGCCGAUUUUGAACAGGAGCAGAUGGCGGAACUCGAUCACAAUAUGGCAUCAGCAAUUGACCAGCUGGUCAGCCUGACACAGCCGGAAGUCUAUGGGCCGACCCUCCAAGAUCUGCUCUACCGCUUUGGCAAUCUGAGUCUCGACGAGGAUGCCUCCAAUCCGCAUUUCGACUUCUCUCUUCCCUCUACCUGCCAGCAGUGGCCUGGACCACGAUUUGGCGCUUUCUCUCUCCACAAAGCAAUCACUAAGCCUUCCAGCAAAUCCAAAGCUAAGCGACCUGGAGCGGAUGGCCAUAACAGGAUCGUCAAGCUGCCGAAGCCGCAUCCGAGACCGCUCAAGAUGAAGCCGAUAAGUGUCACCGCUCCCAAGGUUUGUACAUCAGUCGCCUCUCGAGAUCCGCCCCUUCGCCUGCUUGAUCUUCCCGCAGAGAUACGAAAUCUCGUGUGGAGUCUACUGGCUGUUCACGAGGAGCAGCUUGAAGCCCAGCUGCGACAGAUCAGACCUUGCAAGAAGCUCACCACUCACCGUAAAAGCUUCGUCCGACGCUUUCCCCAAGAGCCGGUCGUUGCAAUGGUCAACAAACAGGUGCGGCGAGAGGUUCUCUCCAUCUUCUACGGGACCAAUCACUUUUGCUUCGAAAGGAACGCAUGUGCCAGGUUUGCCAAGUACAGCAUGCUCAAUCCGCCCAACAUGCUAAAGUGGAAGCCCACGGGGGACUUGGCAGGCUUCCUCACGUCUAUCGACCUCCGAUUCAAUGCACUCCCGAGGACGCUCGGCAUGGUACAGAUCGUCUAUGACCUGAAGCGCAAACCAGAUGGGUGCAUCACGGUGGAUGUCACUGUCGAGAAGACCACUGGCAAGAAGAUCAAGAAAUUUGAUGGCGAACAGUUCUGUUUGUGCGAUGAAUUGAGCGUUGCAGCAGCGAUCGUGGCAUCGAAUGAAAUGGAUCGCGAGCGGGACCUUGCGGACUGCGCGAUGAACGUGGUUCGAACGCGACAUGAUAGGCUAUUCGCAGGACCAGCCAUGCAAACGACGAAGCUCGGUAAUUUCUUCCCUCCCAGCCAAACAUGCAUGAUAUGUGAGAAGGCGACUUUCGAGAUAGUUUACAGCGGCCUAUGAGGAGGAGUGCCAAGGAGGGGAUUCGUGCGAGGUGAUUGGUGGUACUUGCUGCGAAAUGAAUCACGAGCGUCUACGGUAGCGAAGAAUGUGCUCUACGAAAU